AUGAAAGAAUUGGGGAAGUUGAAAUUUUUCUUAGGGAUUGAAGUAGCCAGAAACUCGAAUGGUAUUUUCUUGUGUCAACGUAAGUAUGAGUUGGAUGUAAUUUCAGAAGUUGGAUUACUGGGUUGCAAGCCAGCUAAAACUCCUCUUGAACAAAAUCACAAGCUGGCCCUUACCAAGAGUGAUGAUGUGGAUGACCCUGCUCAGUAUAGGCGUCUGGUGGGACGGCUUAUUUAUCUAACAAUAACUCAGCCCGAGUUGUCUUAUUGUGUGCAUAUUCUUGCUCAGUUCAUGCAACAACCGAAGAAAGCUCAUUGGGAAGCAGCUAUUAAAGUUGUGCAUUAUUUGAAAGGAAAUCCAGAUGAGGAGAUGGAGCACAUGUCCAAUAUUCCCUAUUCGAGUGCUGUUGGUAGCAUCAUGUAUUUGAAGGGUACUAUAGAUGUUAGUCUGACAUUUGAUAGGGCCAAGAUGAGUGAUUCAGUUGUUGGCUAUGUAGAUUCAGAUUUUGCAGGGGACUUAGACAAGAGAAGAUCUUUGAUAGGUUAUUUGUUUACUCUUUCAGGAAGUGCUAUGAGUUGGAAGGCAACAUUGCAAGCUACAGUUGCUUUGUCUACCAUAAAGACUGAAUAUAUGGCCUUAGCAGAGGCAGUGAAGGAAGUUUUAUAG